AUGCUCUGGAGGCAGCCCCUGCGGAGCCCGCUGCGCCGGCAGAGCCGGAAGAGCCCAAGGAGCUUGACGGCAACGCAGCCGACAUCACAGGUGGGUUUCAAUGCAGAGGACACCACGCUGAAUGGGCUGCCCUCCUCGAGUGGGAACUCACUCAUGCUGCUCACUGACAACGGCAUGCAGUACCUCCUAGCAGGAGCUCGUGCCAAUGUUGGAGUGAAGGACGGCUCCACUCACAUCUCGGCGGAGGAGACACUCCCGGGUGCAAUGCCCGAGGUAGUUCCUGCCGCAGCAUUGAAUCCAGCGCAUCGCCCCACGACAGUGCCCCCCAAGUCUGCCGCAGUGUGUCGGCCGAAAGCGAGCUCUGAGGAGGAUCACCAGAUGCAGAUGCAGAAGUUCCCUACCAGUGCUAAGGAGACGACCUACGAGGAGAUCUGCGCUGAGAUGAAGAAGCGCUCUGAGGGAGACAUGAAGGGCUACCCGGGCUACACCGACGAGGAGCCGCCCUGGAAGCGGCAGCGUGCAGUGGCUGCAACUGCCGCCGUCGACACUGCCGUGGCAUCCGAGGCCCCACCUUCUAACAAAGCUGCUGUCCGCGGAGUGCACUAUGACCCCCGGCCCGGGAGGUGCAAGUACCAGGUCCGUUUGGAGAACCCACGCACCAGAAAACGCGUACACGGCGGCAUGUUCACCAUGAAGGCGGAGGCCGAGAGCAGGGCGCGGCAGUUGGCGAAGCAACUCGAGGAAGAGCCCGCCCAGCCACAGCUGCAACACUUGGAGCCACUAGGACCAGAAAAGGGAAUUCGAUGGGUUGCCAGUGAGCAGGCCUGGCACGCCAGAUGCCAAGGCAAGCACAUGAGGUUCCGCCCCAAGGACUUGGCGCGGAAAAAUGUGCAGAAGGCCUGGAAGCAGGCCUUGGCGUGGCGGAAAGAACAAAGAGGACGAGAGUGA